GACAAAAACCCACUGACUUACCUGUAAAGGAUUGUAUAACCAGCACAAAAGUCUAUUUACCAGGCAUACUGGAUUUUGGGGUAUAGUAGCACUGCAUUUCCAGGAUUAGAUGAACUUUUUAUCCUCCACAACAGUAACACACACACACACAUACAUGCACACAAACAAAUUCAAUCUGCUAUAAAAAAGCAGAAUAAUCUUCAGUUCUUCUGUUCUGAGAUGCAGCGGUGAACCUAAAAAUGAAGGCGGCCUCCACCGAUGAUGAUACAAAAGGAGCUGUAGAUACUCAAUCCAGAUGCUCACUUAACACAGAGACCUUUAAAGCACAGAGACUUGUUUGUUUGUUUGUUUUUGCAGUCUGCACAUGGAGGUAAGUGGUCAGAAUGACAUAAGUCUGAUUUCAUCCCAUCUUGAAGCCGUGCAUUUAUAUGCAGAUUACAUUAAAUGGCAAUGAAAUGAUAUCCUGUACCAUGAAGAAAGAAAACACAUUCACAGUGUAAAAGAGAAAGAGGCGAGUAACAUGUAUAGAUUGUCAAUAAGCAGAUUAAAUUUCUGCCCAGAGUUAAGGACAAUGUGAACAUGCAACCCUCUGGUCACAUGACAGUCUCUGUCAUCACUUGGCCACCAUGCAAAACACUUUAUCAUACCAUUACACUGCAGUCUAAAUUCAGAUCAAGGAUAGUGAAGUUAAAAUGCAGAUUUGGAUUCAGGAAUAUUUUCACAUUCAAAGAAACAUCCAGUCAAUGUAAUUACUUGACUUUAAAGUCUUUUCUAAAAGCUAUAAUUCCAUUUAUUUAUUUUGUAACCAGCAAACAUAUUGUGAGAGGAUAACUGAGUGGAUGACUGGCCUGCUCUGGUCCAGUUAUAUGUGUCCUAUUAAUAGGUCUGGCUCAGACUCACAAUGUUCAGCUGUAACCGAACUCCAUCUGUCAAGUCACGUCCUCUCCCUGCUCUCCCUUCUACAGUAUCACUGCAGCCAGGCUAGGGGCACUCUGGUGUGUGCCACCCUUCAAGCCAGACAGACGACAGGACAGGCAGACAGCUGCUUCUCAGACUUAUCUUACAUCAUGGAGGCUCUGUACAUUCAACCAUGGGAAGAGGAUGGAGUGAUGGUAAAAGAGGAUGAACGGGGGAAAAGUAGGGAGCAGGAAGAGGGAGGAAUGGAGGCCUCAACUCCCGCGAGUUCCACCACAGAUGAGGAAACAGAUGAGGACUCAGACCAGGAGCCUCCUCCAGUCAUUCGGAGGAAGGUGUCAUUCGCCGAUGCAUUUGGCCUCAACCUGGUGUCGGUUAAGGAGUUUGACAAUGCUGAAGUAACAGAGUCAGAAGUCAGCCUGCCCCCUGAGAGGGAGACAACCUGUCCCUCGGAGGAAUUCUACAUGUCCUGUCUGUUCACAGUCCCCUUGUCCCUAGAGGAAUUGGACCAGAGGGUACAGGCACAGAUGGUUGAGCUGGAAAGCAUCAAGCUCCUCCCAGGAACCACCACAAUCCGUGGCAUCAUCAGGGUGGUCAACCUCUGCUACAGUAAGUCUGUUUAUGUCCGGAUGAGCUUGGAUCGCUGGAAAAGCUACUUUGAACUGUUGGCGGAGUAUGUGCCUGGAUCCAGUGAUAGGAAAACAGACAGGUUUACUUUUAAGUACACCCUGGUUCCUCCCUUUGAGAGAGAGGGGACCAGAGUGGAGAUCUGUCUGCGCUAUGAAAGUUCAGUGGGCACUUUUUGGGCUAAUAACAAGGAAAUGAACUAUGUGCUGUUCUGCCACCAGAAAGGACAUGUAAAUGAGCCUGGGCCUCAAGUGCAAGAGGAGAGUGCCAGCCAGAGGAGCAAGAGGAGCUGCCUCAGAGCUAGCAGGAGAGGGAGUGCGGAGGAAAAGAUCAGGGAGAUCAGUAACACCUCAACAGCUGUUACAGAAGCAGAUGCCACAGAUAAAGCAGACGAGGCUGACAGAAACGAUGUUAGAGCAGAAAUACAAUCAUUAUUACACCGCAAAGAGCGCAAAUCUUUGGUGGAUAGAGCAAAAAGCAGACAGAGAGCAACAUGUUUGGCACGUGUGCAGGACUACCUCUUCCAAAGGAAGCAGCAUGUACCACAGACUCAUUCACAUGUCUCAGUCAACGACCAGGAACAUUCUCUGCCUUUACCAACUCCAUGGAGCGACUCUGCCAGUUGUCUCCAGCAACGCCAAAAGAAACAGUCCAAAGAGAAUCCACAAGUGCUCACCUACCAUGAGAUUCCUCUGCUUACACUGGACUGGACCUUGUCAAAAGCAUCAGUGGACAAAAUGCAAAACACAUCUUCUGUUAAUGAUAUGUGGGAUACGAUUCUGAAUGGUGAAGAUGAUCCCACUGACAAGGAAAUGUCUGUGUGCGAUGUAUGGCAGGCAUUUCUUAAUGGGCCGAGCCAUACCGAUGAUUCUGGUGUUCCAGAAUCAGAAUGGCUGCAGACAGCCACAUCAGUGUCUCCCUCAAAUGAUAAAGACCCCAAACCCCAAAAUGUGGCAAGCAGUCAGAAGCAUGAAUUUCAGGUGGGCAAGGAUACACCCACCAUCUUUUAUGCACACACUUCAGCUUCAUGUCAGCCGCUGUCAGACACUUGCAAAACUUUGUUGGCUAAUGCUCCCUCGAAUGCUGCAGAGCACCAGCCAGCAGAAGCAUGUGUCAGCAGCCCAGGAGAUGACAACAUAGUGACACAAGAUUCUUCCAGAAGGUCAGAGACUAACUCCGUAAUGGACACUCCACAGGAAUUUUGCCUCAAGCGAGCAGCGCCUGUGUCCGAGGGCUCUGUCGACAGUUCAGCUGAGUGUCACAAGCACGCGACGUGGGAGCAAGAAAGAGAGGGAAUAAUAGAAGAAGCAGAAGGAAUAGGAGGAGAUGGGCCCCUCAGCUUUGUAACAAGCUCAGGGGAAUCAGAGACAACAGAUAUGACAGCAAUGCCAGCUUCUCAGAAUGCCAGCGUCGCUGAUAGGAUCUCACAGGGAGCAAGGCUGGAUGAGGGUCUUUCUUCCAGCAGGGAAGGGCAGGUUACAGGCACCCGGAACAAUGCAAAGGAUGACAUGCUGGCAUUUAGGGCAACAAUCAGACAGGGGACAAAGGAUGAGAAGAGGUUUGUCUUCUCCACACCUGGACAAGGAGUGGAGGAAGGGAUUGUGAAUAACUGUAUGGAAAAUCAAGCAUCCACAGGAGAGGAGAUAUUUAGGCCACAGAAAACAGAAGAGUGCGAAAUCUCCCAGAGGUAUGCAGAAGAAAAGCAAUGUGAGGAAUUCAGGCUGAAUCAAAACAGUGAAAAUCCAUUACAGGAGAAUGAGAGCGAUGAAAGUGAAACAAGACCUGCACAGUCACAUGCAGACAAAUUCAAUCCAAACCAAGCUUGUGAGGACAAUUACAAGCAGAGCCAAAUACUGGGAAGAAAAUUUGAAUUGCUGGAAUCAGACAGUAAAGAUGCUGCUUCCAUUAGCAAAGACUUGGAAGUAUUCAAAAAGACAGAGCUGGAACCUCCCUGUUGCACAACAAGCAAAGAAACAAAGAGACCAACUGGUGCAGAAGCAGGAAUUAUCCAGGUGUUAAAUGAUGAAGCAUGGCAAGAUAAUGACAAUGCGUCACAGCUGAAUUCAUCAUGGCAAAGGGAGAACAUAUUAAUAUUUCCAGAAGUACAUAAAAAACAGUCAAGGCCAAUCCAGGCAAUGGAAGAGCAACACAUUCAGAAGUGGGAGGAGGAGGACCCAAAACUGACACAAAUUCAUCAGAAUGAUGGGCUAAAAUCUGGAACAGGUGAACAUGUAUUAGCCUCAAAUCAGACAGAGGAAGGAAAAAGAUUGAGCCGUGAUGGAAUAUUUGAGGAGCAAAAAGAAAUAAGCCCAUCUACGCACACAAGACUCACAGUGGAAUCAAGAGAAUUGAAAAAGGUCUUCCACAGUGACCAAGAUGCAUUCAGACCACUUCCAACCGAUAAAUGCAACUCAAUCCCUCUGACGGUUGUGGAAAUGAGUUGGGCUCCUUCACAGGACAUUAUGAAGGGUCAGAGAGAGGGUGUAGGCCAUGAAAUAAGCCCAGAAAAAGUUACAGCAAAGGAAUACGCUGCUAAGAAAGACACUUCAACAGCACUUCAACGCCAACCUGAGACAUUAGAAAGAACAGAGGAAGAUAUGAGUCACAGAGACAAAGAUGAGGGGGUGAGUACUGGAGAGCUGAAAAUAGAAGCACUGGGGGAGUUGAUGGGUAAUGUGGGGAUCCCUCAGGGGGAGAGGAAGAAUGCUCCAGCUCAAUUGAAAGAACAAGAGUUGUCAGCAGAAGUUGAGAGCUCUCCAUGUGUUGAAUAUCAAAAAUUGAAAGAGGGAACAAAAGACCCCAUUACAGCUGAAAAUACUGUAGCACUUGAAGAGAUAGAGUCGGGGUUGGAGGGGGUGUUCAUAGAGAGAUUUGGAGAAGAUUUGGUCAGGAGGAUUUGGGAAGAGGUGUUCAGUCUGAAAGUACAGGCCUCUAAUACAGACUUGACUAUUGUUGAUGGAGUGGUGGGCAAGCUGACAGAUAUACCUGAUAUUACACAUGAUUGCCAUCUUGUUUUUGGGAAAGACUUUGAUGAUGCUUUUGAUUCAGGUGUGUUUUCCUUGACAGAAUUACCGUCAGAUUCAAAUUCAAGUCAAGGUCUAGAGCAAACCUUAGAGACCGAGACCAAUGAAUGCUCACCAAAAGAAAGUAGUCAGUCAUCCAUCACAACAGAACAAACUCUCUUGGUAUCACAGACAGAUUUAAACUCGAGUGCUCAUAACAGUCAAGAUCUCACACCAAUUUUAGCUAUUCAGAGUAGGCAGUCAUGGAAGGAAUCGUCCCAAAGCCUUCUAAAUGAUCAGGAAAACUACAGCCAAAUAAAAGAAAGAUCAGUCACCCAUCAGGAGGCAGAUAGACAAACAGAGGAGUGUGUAGUGGCCCACAAGGAGAGUUUUAAUCGAUCAGAUCACCCAUCCCACAAACAUCCGAGCCCAUCCUCUGAGAAAUUAAAAGAGUCCAAUAGUCUUGUGUGGUGGAGUAUGUUAUACAUCCUCAGUCACAUCACCAGACUUCUAAUCUGCGCCCUCCUACUAGCUGGAUGCUUCUUCAUCGUUUUCCUUUCUGAUUUCCCAGCAUUCUUUGUGCUCUACAUGUUUUCAUUGUGCUGGUGGUUUUAUAAGUGGAAGAGACAUCGAGCGAGGACAAACAAGGGAAUGGUGGGAUAGGUUGAAUGUUAAAUGGGAAGGAAAGGUGUGAAAAACCCAUGUGUGUAGCAUUUUUUAGCAAGAUGAAAUUAACUAUAAUGUCUAUAUGUAUAUGUCUAUAAUGUCUUCAACAUUUUCAGAAAGAUGAUAUGGAGACGAUUAGUAAAACUGGUGCAAUAUUACUAAAUGCUACACAGAGAGAUGUAGUGGGUUUGGUUGUGUGUGGAUUUCUUUUUUCUUUUUCUUUUUUUUUGGCUUGUGUGACCCCUAAAGACAAAGCAAAUAUUUGAUUGAUUAAAUGAUUCGAAGCAGACUCUCAAAAAAAUAAACAUCCUUUGACGCAGCUGAAACAUAUAUAUUUCUUUCAUUUUAUUUCUCUCCGGUUUUGUCUUGUGUAACCCCUUUCUUGUAACUCCUUUAAUGGUCCCAGACUCGGAAACAAGAGAGGUUUGAUUUUUAUUAAUCAAUUUAACAAAUAAAUGUUCAAAUAAUCUUGAACUUAAUUUGUGCAAAUAAACAUCAACAUUUCAGUAAGAGUACUAGAUUUUUUUUAAAAGAAUUAUUUGAAUAUUUAUUUGUAGCUGAAUUUCUUAGUUAACGCUCUAAACAUUUAUGUGUAUGAUGUGUGAAUAUUUGCUGUGUAUUAUGGGCCCAAUAUCACUUUAUAAUGUACCAAAUGGAACAAAGUGAGUAUGUGUUUGCUUUGUGUAGAUAAAAGGUGCAAUAGUGGGGCAUUAGAGAUUUGAAACAUUUCUCUUUCUUUGAGUUUCUUCAAUAAAAGAAAUUCAUGUGAUCAAAAAGAA